AUGUCUGACAUAUGGCAUUUGACCUCUGCUCUUUCCGAGGGAUUAGAGAAGGCGAAAACUCACUACGAUGGAAUGGACUACUUCAACACGAGUAUCGAAGGUGCGGCGACUUAUAAGAAAAGCCUUGACAAUCUUCAACUCCAACACGAUCGCCGCAAGACCGUCGCCGCUAAAGCAGCCGCAGCAGCUGAUAAGAGAAAGGCCAAAGCAGGAAGCGAUAAGCCCAAUAUUACCUAUCGCACUCUUUAUAACAAGAAAAGGAAUAUAGGCUUGAAGAUUCGGUACGAGACUCAUCAUGGUGUCACAAUUAGCGACGAUGCUCUCUUAGUCGCUGCUAAACAUAAAGAUAGAUAUAUUAGCGAUCACUUUCUGCCAGAUAAAGCUAUCGAUCCUGUAGACGAAGCUUCGUCCACCCUCAAAUUAGCACAGGAAAGCAAACUAGAGUCAUUGGCCAAGCUAGACUGA